UUGGUCUCUCAGGAAGGGCUCCCCUAGAGUACGAUGGCGGAGACCACCCCGAGGGGCCUGGCUGAAGUGAGUGCAAGGCCUUUCCCCUUCAGCUCUCCGAACUCCACCUUGGGGGCAGGGCGCUAUUCACGAGAACCCAUGGUCGUAGGUGCUCCUGGGUGACUCCGUGUGACGGAGGUGGGAGAGGAUGACGGGUUGAGGGGCCGCCAUGUAAAAAUGCGCAGGGGCGACUGAACCAGAAGCAUUCCUACCUGAAAUGUCAGGGUGAGAGGAGUUUUACCUUCAAUGUCAGGUAGUUACACGUUUUUGUUUUUCAAGUUUCCCCAGAGUUAGACUGGAAAGGGGAUGAAGGCACUGAGACUCAGGGAGAUUGAGUGUUUUAUUUUAAUGGGAUGGUACAUACAUAUUAUUUUUAACUUUUUAAAUUUUUUAAUUUAUCUUUAGAGCGAGAAAGGAAGGAGGGAGAGAAAUAUCAAUGUAUGGUUGCCUCUCAUGCGCCCCCUGCUGGGAAUUUUUGGAAACUGGCCUGCACCCCCAGGCAUGUGCCCUGACUGGGAAUCGAACAACGAUAGUGUGGUUCUCAGGCCCGCACUCAAUCCACUGAGCUACUCCAGCCAGGUUUUAAGUUAAGUUUUAAGAUUUUUAAAAUGAAUUGUUGUCUAUCUUAGUCUGUUCAGGCUGCUAUAAACAAAUAUACUAGACUGGUAGCUUAUAUGUAACCGAAAUUUACUUCUCACAGUUCUGGAGGCUCAAUAUCCAGGAUCAAGUUGUCAGAUUUGCUGUCUGGUGAGAGCCCUCUUCCACGUUCAUUGACAGCCUGACAGUCUCCUUCUCUGUGGAUCCUCACUUGGGAGAAGGGGCAAGGGGACUUUUGAAGGUCUCUUAUAAGGACAUCGCACUCCACCACAGGGGGCAGAAGGGAUCAGUGUCAAAGGAUGGGGCUCAAACAAUCAGGAAGAGAGCCCAGAGAGAGAGGACCCCUAGAAGGGCUAUUAUUAGGACGUGUACAUACAACCGGGGUAUCUGGGUACAUCCCCUUUGAGAAUAUCCCAAGGUCCUCCCUGCCUGGAGCCUAUACUAGCUUUCCUCCCCGGGCUUCCUGAAGCUUAGCUCCUAGUAGGGGAGGAGCUUACCUCGCUUGGGCCGAUGCAGGGGAAAAAAACUACAUUACCCAGAAGGCUGAGUGCCCGGUCGAGGUUAUUAACGGAAGGAGCGUGGGGGCCCUUGUUUGGCAGGGGCGGAACUUCCGAUACAUCCAGCUGGGUGUCUGAAAACAUCGUGGCUAUCUGUGGGAUCCGAGCUAGACGGCCACUGCCGCGCCUUCGUGGGAUCUGGGGGACGUUUCGCUGACCCCGCGGGGCCCCGGAGCCCUCGCCUAUCCUGAUGGCAUCGGUGCAGGCACCAGUAACCUUCAAGGAUGUGUCUGUGACCUUCACCCGGGAGGAGUGGGAAUUGCUGGGCCCGACUCAGAGGACCCUGUACCAGGAGGUGAUGCUGGAGACUUGCAGGAUCCUGGUGUCUCUGGGGCAUCCCGUUCCCAGGCCAGAGCUGGUCCACCUGCUGGAGCACGGACAAGAGCUACGGACGGUGAAGAGAGGCCCCCCACGGGGCACCUGUCCAGGUGAUGGAGCAAAACUUCAGACCAGAGAGCCAAGCACCAUUCAGCCUGUUUUGUGUGAGGGAGCCUUGCUCCAAGGAAGCCAUACUCUGGAAUCGUCAAGGGACUCCAGAUUGGAGCAAGCCAGGGAACAGGAAGGACUAUUGGAAGUGAGGCCAGAGACAGACCACCAGGAGGAGACCCAUCGUGGGAAAAGGAGCCUUGAAGAUAACGGUUUGGGGACAGAUGACAGUCUGCACUCUAGGAUGUUACAGGAGAGAGUCUCCCGGGGACCAGGGAAAGACCCCAGGAUCCGCGGGGGGAGGAACCUCUACAAAUGCAAGCAGUGCGGGAAAGGCUUCAGCAGGAAAUGGUACCUUGCUCGCCACCAGCGGGUUCACACAGGGAUGAAGCCCUAUGAGUGCAAUGCGUGUGGGAAAACCUUCAGUCAGAGCUCCACCCUCAUCCGGCACUACCUCAUCCACACCGGGGAGAAGCCCUACACCUGCCCAGAGUGUGGGAAAGCCUUUAAGCGCCGGUCCUACCUGGUGCAGCACCACCCGAUCCAUACUGGGGAGAAGCCCUAUGAGUGUGCCCAGUGUGGGAAGGCCUUCAGCCACCGCUCCACCUUCAUUCGGCACAAAAGGACCCACAGCAGGGAAAGGCCCUUUGUGUGCAAGGACUGCGAGAAGGCGUUCAGCAACAGAGAGCACCUUACCCAGCACUACACUGUGCACACUGGGGCCAAGCGGUUUGAGUGUGCCGUGUGCGGGAAGGCCUUCCGCUGCCGCUCGGAGCUCCUGCAGCACCGGCGCGUGCACACGGGGGAGCGGCCAUAUGUCUGCGCGCAGUGCGGGAAGGCCUUCCACCGCAGCACAUACCUGCUGCAGCACUCCAUCAUCCACACGGGGGAGAAGCCUUACAAAUGCAGCCUGUGCGGGAAGGCCUUCAAGCGCAGGUCCCACCUUCUGCAGCACCAGCGGGUCCACACCUGAGGUAAGCCCUGCCAGUGCAGGGGCUGGAGAAAGGCCUCGCUCAGUGCUCCUUCCUGGUCCGUUAAGGGGAUCCACGUGGGAGGAGAAUCUCCUUCAGUGCAAAGAUGUUGGAGGGGGAUUUUUGUCAGCUCUGAAAUGCACAAGAAGCUGCCUUGGUGAGAAGCCCUGUGAACGCAGUGACUGUACCUUGAGCUGAAGGUCAGCCCUCCCUCAUCACGGUGGGAGAGAAAGGAGAGAAGGCGGGUCACCCGUGGGUCUGCCUCUGUUAGCAUCAGAGAACUUACUGGGGAGACAGGCUGGAUAUAACUACGGAGGACAGUCUGAAGCCAAAAGGAAAAAUCUCGCUAUCUGAGACUUUAUAGCAGAGAGUCACAUAAUUGUCAUUGUGAGCAACCCUUCUGGGACAGGUCACUUUGAUACAGAGAGAUCUGAUCAGAUUUCUGGGAAAGAGAAGGUGGAGGUCACAGGAGGAGGUUGUCUGAGAUAAUGGUAAAUAGACUAGGGUGGGGCAGGCAGAGAGGCUGAAUGCCUCCUGGGAACAAGGAAUAAAAGGAGGGUGGAGACUGGCUCUUCCUCCAAGACUCCUGGAUGAGAAGAUACCCAGAUUAUUGUGCUGCAGCUGCCUGCGGGUGGUAUUUUGGACAGUAGAAGGAACUCGGUACAGCCUAGAAUCAGGCUAGGUUGGCAGAGGGUGGCAAGGUUAUUCUUUGGGUGUCCUAGAGGGACAGGCUCCGAGGCAAAAGCCUACCAUUUUUCCAAAAUUAUGUAGCUUUUCUAUCUUGUUUUAACUUUUUAAAGAUUUUAUUUAUUUAUCUUUAGAGGGGAAAGGAAGGAGGUAGGGAGAGAAACAUCAGUAUAUGGUUGCCUCUCGUGUAUCCCCUGCUGGGAACUGGCCUGCAACCCAGGCAUGUGCCCUGACUGGGAAUCGAACGAUACUCUGGUUCCCAGGCCCAAGUUCAAUCCACUGAGCUACACCAGCCAGGGCUCUAUCUUGUUUUAGUUUGUAAACUAAAUUGUUUACAAUUUACUAAGUUUUUUUAACUAAGUUACAAACUAAGUUUAGUUUGUAAACUUAGCCUUAACUGACAGGCUUAAGACACUAAUGCAUGUGGAAAACUGUUGUUCCAAAACUGUGUAGCUUUGAAAUAAAGACUCUUCCUUUACCAUGAAACCUUUGCUUCUGGAAUUUUGCCUAGAGGGUGGCAGCAGACAGCACGACCCUGCUCGCUAUUCAGUAACAGCAGUGGUGACUCUGGUGGGACCCUAUAUGCCUGUGGCGGUCAACACCAAGAGUGGGACUGUGGGGUUUCCCAGUCACUGGGAGUUUGUUCCUCUUCGUGCCUGUUCAAGGUGCUGGCUGCCCAAACAUAUCUGCCAGGUAAAAAGGAAAAGGGUCUUGGAAGGGGCUGUGCAAUAAAGUCCAGGUGACUGCUUUGGGGAAGCCAUUGUAUGGGGACCACAGUUUGUGAGACUGGUUGGUAAAUAUUUGCUUGUGGGUACUCUUUAGAAUGGAUACCAGUUUUGUUUAUACAUUCUCAAGUAUUUUGGAUUUUUCUAGUUACAACUCUUGGCCUGUACGUUUGGGCCAAUAAGGGCAGUUCUGUGCUGGCUCCUACAGGAAGCCCACUGGGUAGGAUUUUGGCAGAUUGCGGCAUGUACUGUCAUUAUCCAAUGUUCAGGGAGAUAUUGAUUUUUUAUUGUAAUACUGUGUGAGAGAAACGCUGAUCGAUUGCCUUUCGCAUGCCUACAACUGAGGAUCUAGUGACUUUUUGGUUUGCAGAAGGAUGGAUGCCCAACCCACUGAGAGCCACACCAUUCAGGCUAUGAUUUCCAUUCAUAAUUUUUAUUUUUAAUUUUAGGAAGAGAGGAAGGGAGAGAGCAAGGGGGAGGAACAUCAAUUUGUUGUUUCACUUACGCAUUUGUUGGUUGAUUCUUACAUGUGCCUUAAGGAAGGGUAGAACCUGCAGCCUUGGCACAUCAGGACAAUGCUCUAACCAACUGAGCUACACAGCCAGGGAUCAUUUCUUGAGAGCACACAGGGUACUGCACCUGUAGUGAAGUAGUACAGUUAGAAUGAAAAACAGAGUGGUACAAAUGGAUAAAGUUAAGGUGACGUUUACUCCGUGCACUGGCAUUUUUCUAGCUAUAUAAGAUGCACAUGCAUAAAACAUUACGAUGAUUUUCCCUUCAUAGAACUUAAGAUUCUAGUUGAGGAAAAGAGUCAAUCAGCAAUGUUCCUAAGUUAUUAAGCUACAUACUGUGUUAGAAGGUGAUGAGUUCUAUGGAAAAGACAACGGACCACAAUGGGUCAAGAAAAACAUGGGGGGACAGGCAAAUGACAACACAGUGUACUUACAUCUGAAC